AUGGCCAUGGCGGCGGAACCGGACGAGAAGGAUUUUAUCAGCCUCCUCCCCGACGAGAUCUUAGGCACCAUCAUCUCCCUCCUGCCCACGGACGACGGCGCGCGCACCACCGCCCUCUCCCGUCGCUGGCGCCACCUCUGGCGCUCCUCCCCGCUCAACCUCGACGACUACGACAUCAGCGGCAAUAGGCGUGGCCUCAACGUCAACCGCCUCGGCCUCGGCAAGAAUAGGCCCCAGCUUAUCUCCGUCAUCUCCAAGAUCCUGUCCAGGCACCAGGGUUCCGUCCGCCGCCUCUCCCUCCGCCACGACUACUACUACAUCAGCGACAUUCACGACACGCUCCGCGGCUGGCUCACGUCCCCCGCCCUCAGCAACCUCGAGGAGAUCCAGAUCAUCAGCUACAGAGGCCAGGAUCCGCUGCCGCUGCCGCUGACAAUGAGCAGCUUCGCGCCGACCGUCCGGGCCGCCACCUUCGUCCUCUGCCGCUUCCCCGAGCAGGCGCCCCAUGCGCUCAUCUUUCGGCAACUGAAAAGACUCGCCCUCCAUGACGUGACCGUCCCCGAUGACGACCUCCAAGGCGUGCUCUCUAACUGCCCUGUGCUCGAGAGCCUUCUGAUUGACAUUGACGUUCGCCGUACACCUGACAUUGUCCGGGUGCUGAUCAACUCACCGUCUCUCAGGAUCAUCGAGAAUGGCUACAGAGUUCAAGUAGUCAUCAAGAAUGCCCCUCGGCUGGAAAGAAUCGUCACAUCUCGGGACUUUUGUAGUUCCUAUUACACUUAUUACACCCCGAUGUUCUUCUGGGUACCCCACGCACGGAAAUUGGAGAUCUUGGACUCAUUCAGAAAAUCCAGAAAAGUGGUUCUGGAAAGCUUCAGAACAACUAUGCGCGACGUGAGGGUUUUGAUUCUCAAGGCUUGUGAACCUGAUCUCGAUGAUGUUAUCGACUUGCUGAGAUGCUUCCCAUACCUCACGAAACUUUACAUAACGACUUCUCUGCGGAAGUGUGAGAAAAAUGAUGGACACGGUUAUAACCCGCAAGAUCCUAUCACAUGCCUUGAGCUCCAUCUCACAGAGGUGGUGCUGAAGCGCUACCAGGGCAAGCAGUCGGAUGUGGAUUUUGCCAAGUUCUUUGUGGUGAAUGCUAAAGUGCUCGAGUCAAUGAAGUUUGGAGUCCACGACAGUUGCACCGAUAAAUGGAUAGCUAAUCAGCGCAGGCGCCUACAUCUGGAUAGAAGGGCCUCUCGAGACGCUCAAAUUGAUUUUAGAUCCGAUCUUACUUGUGAUGAUUUUGCUUGCUACGAUGUUCUCUCCGUGCCUGAUCCCUUCGGCAUCAGAAGGUCUUGUGCAUAUUGUUCACAAGGCUGA